AUGGGCAGCUGCUGCAGCACCGCCGACCCCUCACCAUUCGCCCAACCCGGACGCGUCCUCUCCUCCGCUCCCCCGUCAAACUCAAAUACCCAUCCAAAAAUCCCCACCACAGCACCCAAAUCCAGUAUUCCACGCACUGUCGGUGGGCCCGCCCGAACUCUUGGUGGACCUGGAAGUGGAAGCGCACAGGAAGAUGCCCGGAGGAAAGCUGCUGAAGCCGCUGAGGCCCGCCUAACAACCCACACCCAAAAACCCAAAGGAACCCUCGGUAAAAAGCUGCAAGAAGAACAAUCACAAACCCUCGAGACCACACGUAAAAAUGCUAGUGCCAUCGAACGACAAAAUAGAGAUGCCGAUGCGUCUGCUGAUGCUAGGGCUUAUAAUUAA